AUGCUUUACGGAGAGACCAACACCCUCUAUGAGCGUGCUUUGGCGGCACAUGUUCCACACAACAGAAAUUUCGGCUACAGCAUGUAUGUUUUGAGAGAGAAGACAUUGCCAGGCUAUUGGUCAAAGCCCGCAUACAUUCUUGAGCAACUGUUGGCCGAAUUGGCUUUGCCAGAAGACAGGCGGCUCAAAUGGCUCGUUUGGUUUGAUGGAGACAUUGUGUUGAUGAAUCCAAAAAUACCCCUGGAAAUAUUUCUUCCGCCGGACGAUAAAUGGAAUCACAUUCACGGGGUAGUAACAAACGAUCAUCGAGGACUCAACAACGGUGUCUUCUUUCUACGCGUUCAUGAGUGGUCUGUCUGGCUCAUGACAGCAUGCCUGGGCACCGAAAUAUUUGAUCCCGCCAUCGAGCUCGAGUUUGGAGACCAAUCAGCUAUGGGGAUGUGGGUCAAGAAGGAAAGAUUCCGAGCCAAUAUCAUGCAUGUCCCGCAGAGGUGGUUUAAUGCAUAUGCGGGUAAUCGGGGGGAAACAAACGGCCUAUUUGCUGACCCCAUGGAACCACAAUCGCAAGUAAAACUGAACUCAAUCAAGGAAGGCGACCUCUUAGUGCAUCAUGCUGGACACAAAUCGUUGCGAGGACAGCGAAUGAGUCCGUGGAUGGACGUAGCUGAGCAACAUCUACCACAAUGGGAACUCAACCUCAAUGAGACGACAUAUCUGCAGGAAAUCGAAGAAUUCUGGAAGACCGAGGCCCCGAAGGAGAGAAAGAGGAUGGACGAUUUGAUAAAGAAGGAAGCACAAAAAGAAAUGGACAAGGCAAAGAAAAAGGCUGAAGCCAAACCAACAACCACGUGA